UUCCCCGCCCCCGGGACGAGGCUCAACCCCAGCACCGGGGACCGGGGAUCUUGGGUCCCGCACCGUCCGGGGGUCGCGGGGACCAUGGCGCUGCGGGCAGGAGCGGGGGUCCGGCGCUGGAGGGCGGGGCUGGGGGGGCCGGGGAGGGCCUGCCUGUCCUGGCCGGGGGUCGGGGUCGGGGUCAGGGUCGGGGGGCUCCGCUGGGCCGCCCUGGAGGUCGGGGCGGGGAGCUCCGGGGUCGUCCGGACUUUGGAGGACCUGCCGGGCCCGGGACAGAUGCGCUUCUUCUUCCAGCUCUUCGUGCAGGGCUACGCGCUCCACUUGCAUCAACUGCAGAUGGUGUCGAAGGCGCGUUUCGGCCCGCUGUGGCGGUCUCAGACCGGGCCGUACACGAACGUGAACUUGGCCAGCGCGGCCCUGGCCGAGGAGCUGCUGCGACAGGAGGGCCGCUUCCCCAUGCGCAGCGACAUGGCCCUCUGGAAGGAGCAUCGCCAGUCCCGGGGCCUGGCCUACGGGCCCUUCACCGAGGAGGGCGAGCGCUGGUACCAACUGCGCCAGGCGCUGAACAAGAGGAUGCUGAAGCCGUCGGAGGCGGCGUUGUACUCCGAGUCCCUGAACGACGUGGUCAGCUCCCUGGUGGUCCGCCUGGAGGAGCUCAGGGCCGACAGCCCCUCGGGCGACCAGGUGGACAACGUGGCUGACCUCUUCUACCACUUCAGCCUGGAAGCCAUCUCGUACAUCCUGUUUGAGAAGCGCCUGGGCUGCCUGGGGCAGAGCCGCUCCGAGGAGAUGGAGGGCUUCCUGGAAGCCGUGGGCUUCAUGUUCAAGAACUCCAUCUAUGCCACCUUCCUUCCCAAGUGGACCCGACCUCUGCUGCCCUUCUGGAGGCGCUACCUGGCCGGCUGGGACACCAUCUUCGCCUUCGGGAAGAAGAUGAUUGAUCAGAAACUGGAAGAGAUGGAGAAGGCUCUUGAAACCCAGAAGCCCGGGGAAGAGAUCAAGGUGUCGGGCUACCUGCACUUCCUCCUGACCAGCGGGAAGUUCAGCCCCCACGAGGUCAUGGGGAGCCUGGCCGAGCUGCUCAUGGCCGGGGUGGACACGACCUCCAACACCCUGACGUGGACGUUGUACCACCUCGCCCGGGACCCGGAGCUGCAGGAGGCACUACACGAGGAGGUGGCGGCCGUGAUGCCCGCUGGGCAAGUGCCCCAACACAAGGACUUUGCCCACAUGCCCCUGCUCAAAGCUGUGCUCAAGGAGACGCUGCGCCUGUAUCCCGUGGUCCCCACAAAUGCCCGCGUCAAUGUGGAAAAGGAGGUGGACGUCGGUGGUUUCCACUUCCCCAAGAAUACCCUGUUCGUCCUCUGCAACUACGCCAUAUCGCGGGACCCGGAGGUGUUUCCGUCGCCCCAAGCCUUCCUGCCCCGGCGCUGGCUGCGGGGGAACCGGGGGGACCCCCCGGAGGCCUCGGGGGUCAUGCACCCCUUCGGCUCCCUGCCCUUCGGCUUCGGCAUCCGGGGCUGCCUGGGCCGACGAGUGGCCGAGCUGGAGAUGCAGCUGGCUCUGUCCAGGCUGGUCCAGCGGUACGAGAUCCGUCCGGCCCCCGGGCUGGGGGAGGUGAAGGCCAUAGCCCGCAUCAUCCUCGUGCCCCACAAGCCCGUGAGUCUCACCUUCCUGCCGAGGAGACCCUGAGCCCCGGACCCCCCCGAUGGACCCGGACUCCGGGGUUCCGCCACCCCUGCUUUUCCCCGCCUCCGUUCCCCCGGCUGGUGGAGCAGCGCUCAAUAAGCACGAUGUUGAUUGAUGGGUUGAUAAGUAAUAAAGUGACCUCUGAUGACCCCCCGA